AUGGGAUUCGCAUCGCAUUACAGAUCGUUGCAGCCUAUUGAGAAAUCAGCAUUCCAGUCAGCUGAAAUAUUCAUUGGCUUUCUUGAAUACAGCGAGAUAAGCUCUCAAGAUAGGGAUGCAUUCUUAAGCCAGCUUCUUAUAGAUCUCAAGCCAGGCGGUGUAUCUGACAAGUGGGAUUUACAGACUGUACUUGCUGCCCUGAAAGUUAUAAAGGUCUUAGGGCGCUCUCCCAUUGGAACCACACCACUCACCACUGUUGAAGCAUUAGAUUGCUUAUCGAGCGUGAUGGAGAGGAAGUCGUUUCGUGAAUCAAAUACAUCAACUCCCUCCCUCACUAGCAGAUUACAAUCCCAUCGUCCAUCCUACAUUUCAUCGUCUGACCCAUUGUGUCAAUCUGAAGCCCAAUUGGAAGUCUUGACUACAAUUGCAAACACGUUAUUGCUCCACGAUGAAGCGAGAUCUAAUGUCGUUGAAACGCGUGCGCCAAUUCUAGCAUUUCAAGCUUUAAAGGCACAGCAAAAUACUUCCGAUAUUCACUUUGUUGCAGCGAGAUGUCUUUUUCUCUGUACACUUAAGCCACAUCCAAUUGUUUACAAGUUAGUGCAUGAGGAGAAUCUCGUGGAUGUAAUACACGCGCGUCUACUGCAAUAUACCCCAUAUAUUCUUCCUUCACAAAAAUCUAUUAGCAUACCGAUACGGUCAAAAGAACUGAUCACAGACAUGUUCAAACUUUUCUUCAACAUCACGCUGCACCACAAGACAAUUCAACAAGAUUCAAUUUUAGGAGAAAAUUGGGAUGAAAAGUUCAACAAGUUACUACAACCUACUCUUCAGCUCUUUAUGGAUUUAAGUGCUAGUACAAAUAGUGUCAACACGAUUUCGCCUAUGCCUCAACCAAUUCCUCAACUAAUACACGCCCUACUUUGCUUCCCAUUUAAGCCAUUCACUCAGCUUUGGUCCAACCCUAAUUCAAACUCGAUCUUUUCUCCUACAGCUGCUAUUAAUCGAUUGUCUAAGACAAUUUCACGCGCUUCGGUAGCGCAGAGCGAUCCUUCCAGGCUGAACUGUGAUAAUAUGGACACCUUCCCUUUCUUGAGUAGAUUAUUAGAACUCCUCAACACGGUUUUGUCAACAUUUUGGCCCUCAAGCAGUUUAGAGGGUGGUGAGAGUAUUGAUAGUACUCAAGCCAAGACCAAAGCAGCAAGUUUGGGAUUAAACCUCGAGGAAACACUUGCGCCACUUGUCAUGCUUUUGCGGAAGCUUGUUGUUGAAGACCAGCGUAACGCCGGCGGCUUUAAAGGAUCACUUCGACAGACUCUAGGUAUGGACGAUAUAGAUCGAUCAGUGAAAGCCGAACAGAGAGGUGAUCUUUUAGGUGUACUUGUUAGAUUCUUGACAAGCUCACUAUUCUCCACAAUCAAAAAUACUGUUGGUGAAUUGAUCUUUGCUCUCUGCGAUAGCGAUCCUUCGCAGAUGUCUUCAACUAUUGGAUUUGGAAACGCAGCAGGAUUCCUUUUUUCAAAAGGCAUGCUCAGUGCUGGUGCUGGUGAUCCUGCUGAAAAUGGAGUGAACCCUGUUACUGGAGCUUAUGAAGAAGAUCGUACAGGUGGCCCAGAGGAAAUGACCGAGGAGGAGAAGGAAGCGGAAGCGGAGAAACUGUUUGACGCGUUUGAUAGACUGAAUAGCAAUGGAAUUAUUAAGACAUCUAACCCUAUGCAAGAUCCAAAGAAUCAACCAAGAUUUCAAGAAAUAGAAGAGGAAGAUCUAGACAAUCUCAAUAGGGAGGAUGAGGAGGACGAGAAACACGUCGAGGAAAUGAUGAUGAAAUAUAAAUCUCGUCAAGACAAGUCUACGUAA